AAAGACACUCCACUCCACUCCACUUGGCAGUUAGGAACACACAGUGAUAGAUAGGCACAGCACUAUAGCAGUUGGCACUUGGCAGUUCUACACGAACACACCACGCCUCUCUGCUUUUCUUGAAAGUCGAAACCCUCAAAACUCAAGUCUUGAUUCUCUCCUAACAAUUUAUUGAACAAUGCAAGACAAUGAAGAAGUAGUGGCAAAAACCAUCAUCUACGACCUCAUAAUCCUGGGUGCCUCAGGUUUCACAGGCAAGUACGUUGUCAAAGAAGCCCUCAAAUUCCACAAUUCUCUCAAAUCUAUCGCUCUUGCUGGACGCAACCCCACGAAACUAACACAAACCCUUCAAUGGGCUUCUCAACCUCACCCUCCACCUCCAAUUCCCAUCCUUACCUUCGACACCUCAGAUCCCCAAUCCCUUCUCUCCCUUUGCUCACAAACCAAGCUCAUACUCAACUGCGUCGGACCCUUUCGCCUCUACGGCGAGCCUGUGGUCGCGGCCUGCGUCGAGACUGGUUGUGAUUACUUGGAUAUUUGUGGGGAGCCUGAGUUUAUGGAGAGAGUGGAGGCCAAGUAUGGUGAGAAGGCGGUUGAGACGGGUUCUUUGGUGGUUUCUGCAUGUGGGUUUGAUUCCAUUCCGGCUGAAUUGGGCUUGAUUUUCAAUUCUAGGCAGUGGGUGCCCCCUGCGGUGCCCAACAGGGUCGAGGCCUAUCUGAGCUUGGAGUCCCAUAAGAGGAUUGUUGGAAAUUUCGGCACUUUUGAGUCCGCGGUUCUUGGCAUAGCUAAUGCUGAUAAGUUGCAGGAGCUGAGACGAUCUAGGCCUAGAAGAGCUAGGCCUGUGAUUCCUGGUCCAUCACCUCCCAAAGGACCUCUUAUAGAGCAUCAGAAAAAGAUUGGGCUUUGGGCUGUAAAGCUGCCUUCAGCAGAUUCUAUUGUUGUUCGAAGAACGCUCGCUGCUCUGACAGAAAACCCCGUUGGUCUUCCAGGGGUCAAUGAGAGUGCUGAACAUAGUGAAAAGAGGGGGGCUUUCUGGUCAACUGUGAAGCCAGCUCAUUUUGGGGUGAAGAUAGGCUCUAAAUCUUUGUUGGGUGUCUUCCGAUUCAUCACAGUUGGGAUGUUUAUGGGACUUCUGGGUAGAACUGCUUUUGGAAGGUGGCUUCUCUUAAAAUUUCCCUCAAUUUUCAGCCUUGGAUGGUUCAGGAAGAAGGGCCCCUCUGAUGAUGAGGUUAGAAGUGCUUCAUUUAAGAUGUGGUUUGUUGGAUGUGGUUUUAGCAACAACAGUCUUGUUUCAGAGGCAAACAUGAAACCUGAUAUGGAAAUAAUAACAAGAGUAAUGGGACCGGAGAUCGGCUACCUGACCACCCCAAUUAUUCUACUUCAGUGUGCUCUUAUUCUUCUGAGCCAACGAGACAACCUACCAAAUGGAGUAUUCCCUCCUGGGAUUGUAUUUGGCCCAACGGAUCUCCAAGAACGACUUCAAGAGAAUGGAAUAUCUUUUGAUGUCAUUUCAAAGAGCUCUCUUUCUGCUUGACUUCUACAGUCUUCCUAACGUGGAACUUUUCUCAUAUAAUCUUGGAUGCAGCAAUAAGGGUUUUGUGAGAGGAGUAAGGCUUCUGUCCAAUGCUCUGGUGUACUGGACUAGUCACAUUGUGCUGCAAUCUGUGCAUUGGAGCACUUGAUGCAAGCCAAACUCCUGUAAGAGUUAUAUUGAUCUGUACCUAUCCAUUUGCGAAAACCUUUUUUUUCUCCCAGCUGCUCAAAGCUGUUAUCAAAUUGUAGCAUACUCUUUUCUAGUAAUCCUUUAUUUUUUUUA